UUUCUUUUCUUUUUCUCUUCUUCUCAAAAAAACCCCCUUUUAACGCAUGCCAGAAACUCGUUUCCAACGGUGGUUACGAUCAUCUACUUCGCGUUUAUCCACACACCAUCAUCAUCAGCAACAUCAAAGUCAACAGCAGUGGCAGCAACAACAGCAUCCAAGACGGAAUAUAUUUGGGGAUAUUAACUCGUUAACCAAAUGGUUAAUGUUUCUGCAAAGCUUUUUCCAGCAAAUCACUGCUUAUCACUGUCUAUACAAGUCCAUAAGAGAUAUCGGUAGCGAUCGAGGGGAAAACGCUUCAAAUUCUGAAAACAUUUUCCACAUACUAGUCUGCUCUGUGAUUUUAGUUUCAUUAAUAGUUGAUGUAGUUGCAGUAACUUCGAACAAGCUUCCAGUUGCAGAUGCACGUCAUUGGCCAGUUGGCAUUUACUUUUUUGUUCUAUCGUUUCUUGAUCAACUCCUCAAAGCGAUGAAUAUAUUUAUUUACGGCGCAAGGCUUCAAAAAGAGUGCGGCGACCGGAUUCUAGGUCCACAUCUGGGUGGUAAUAUUCCGUCAGAUCAUUUUAUAUAUGCGUUUUGCAACAUGAGGCGAGAAGUUACACAGAUAUGGGGCAUACUCGGAUUUUUCGUUCAGUUCCUGAUGUGUAUUAUGUAUACAACAACCGCCAGCUUUUAUGCAGCACACCGGGUUUCGUUGCUCACUCGACAACAGCAAGAGCAACAACAACAACAUCAACAACAGCAGCAGCACCAUCCAAACGAUAAUAUACCCUUAUAUACUGUUCCUGAUUCUCUUGUAGAAAGUAGAGGUCAGCCGCCACCACCAGCAUCAUCAUCAUCACCUAGUGCAAACACACCAAAUGUCGCAGCUCCACCCUAUUCGAAUGUGGAUGAGCUACGGAAUUUACCAUAGACUGUUAAUGAUAAGAUAGUCUUGUUAAAAAAACAAAAGAGAUUGU